AUGGAGGAACCCUCUAAAAAACGGAUCGCUUUACGACCGUUCUCGGAGCGCUUGUGCGCAUGGCCAGAUGAAGAUUGGUCUGGUAUAACUGACCCAAAAACUCGCCGAAGGCUGCAAAAUCGCGUGAAUCAAAGAUCCAGACGUCUACAGAACAAACAAGCUGCAAAGCCCUUGGACGACAGACGGAACAUCAAAUCACUAGCUUCUAAAGGUGCAGCAGCAACAACUGCUGUUGCAGAGCAGACAGACGAACAAACAUCAGCAACAUACAGUGCUAUGGACGUGCCCUCACUUAUGUCCUUGAAAGAGAUCGAGGAUGUACAUAUCCUAAAGUGCCAUUCGAUAACGACAAAAAUCACAAUGCAGCGCUUAGAGAGGACGGCACGUCAAUAUCACAUGCUGGGGUCUCCACGCACCGAUCUUCUACUCCACCUGAUCCAGUUCAAUUUCACCAGAGCGCUCAUGGAAAAUACCGCGAUUCUGGGCCUCACAUCAGACCAACUACACGACGAUGCUAUUUCACCAUUUAAUACCAUUGGCCCGUGGCAAUAUGACUUUGAGAGUCGCCUUCCACCCAGUCUCCAGCCUACCAUGAUCCAACGCUCCAUCCCACACCACCCAUGGUUAGAUCUGCUUCCUGUUCCCAGCAUGAGGGACAAUUUAAUCCGAGCUGGAGACUUUGAGGAGGAAACACAACUUUGUCUCGAUAUGAAGGGGAGUGGAAAUGAGCACUCAGGGAGGACUGGGAUUAUUGUUUGGAGCGAUCCUUGGGAUCCGGCGGGGUGGGAAGUAACAGAGUCUUUUGCUCGUUCUUGGAGCUGGGUUAUAAAGGACUGUCUCGACUUGGCGCAUUCCACAAACCGGUGGCGAGCACAGCGGAAUGAAGGUCCCCUGUUUCGUUUGAGUUGA